AUGCAAGCGUCCUCGCCUUCCACACCCACGCCUCUCCACCGGACAGUCCAUAAAGUUCCUUCGCGGCGAUCUCUCUUUCAGAGUCAGAAUCCCUCCUCUCACUCUUCCACACAAUUCGUCUCCAGGCCGAAUUCGUAUCUUAGGCUGUUCAUUGGAGCUCUAGCUGUCGCUGCUUCUAAGACUUGGGUGUUAGAUGAUCCGCGGAGGCUGAGUGGAGGGACAGGGUGGUUGGUACUUGGCCUAUGGGCAGGAAGGAUCAUAGGUGAAUUAAAGGCGUUUAUUGGUGAUGCGAGACGGAAAAGCAAAGAGGGGAAUAGAUCAUCAUUGAGCUCUUUUCAGCUGAGCGUGAUAUUAGCUGUACAGUCCGUUGCCUUCUUCAUUGCCCUGCAACAGAUAGGUCCGCUGAGACUCACCAUCAUAGCAUAUCUGAGUUCAUGGGUUGAUACCGAGAGCAUACUACACACCAACAGUCUCGCACCUCUCUUACCUAUCAUAUUAUCUGCAGUAUACAUUAUAGGUCAAGCAGCGACGCAGAAUGUUAUCGCUCUUACUUCCACCAUACUAUUUGCCGGUACUACCUUUUUAUCCGAACAGUUCCUCUCCAAUCUUUCAUUCAGCAGAAAUCGCAAUGGCGAUGAUAAAGAGAAAUUAAGGAAUGAAGGAGGACUGUGGUACUGCUUGGUAUCAACUGCAACUGUAUCAUUGUUGAUCUUUGCUUUAUAUCAAAUGGGUAUCAUACCGAUUCCAUUACCCAUAUCUAAUGUUCCAGGUCAAAGAUUCGCUUCUUUCAUCACUGGUCUAUUGGUCAGAUACAUACCAUUCCCCUUUACACCCACUAAUGCUCCUGGUUCGACUCUCCGAUUGAGAACAAGCAGAGAUCAAUCGCUUUUCCUGUGCACUAUUCCGAUACUCCAGUUCUUCGCCUUGAGCCCCGUACCGACGUAUACCGAUCUUCUGGUUCUGCUACCGCUAGCAAUGAUCAGUACGGCAAUGGUCGGCGGGAAGAAGAUAAGCAGGAAGAAUGGACCAUCGCAUUGGGCUUUCUCCAACAAAUCAUUAUCUACUGCUAGAUCAUCCUGGUCAUUCAUGUCUCUCCUUCCUGCAAGAUGGAGACCACAUCUACAAACUGUCCUCAAUACACCGACAUCUUCUAAAAUCUUCUAUUUCCUCUUGCUCAACUUGGCUUACAUGUUUGUGCAGAUGGUAUAUGGCAUAGCGACUAAUUCUCUAGGACUGAUAUCAGAUGCUAUACAUAUGGCAUUUGAUUGUUUGGGAUUAGCCGUGGGAUUAUGGGCAUCAGUUGCGGCUACAUGGAAACCUGAUGGAAGGUAUACUUUUGGUUAUUCUCGAGUGGAAACGUUGAGUGGAUUCGCAAAUGGUUGUUUCCUUAUCCUCAUCUCCAUUUUCAUCAUUUUCGAGGGAAUACAAAGAGUUAUUGAUCCGCCUGAGAUGGAAACGCAACAACUUCUUCUCGUGUCUGGUGUUGGUCUUGCAAUCAACCUGUUCGGGAUGUGGGCGACCGGUGGACAUCAUCACCAUGGGCAUGGUCACGGGCACGGGCACGAUCACGGACACGGUCACUCGCACGGUCAUUCCCAUAUUCCAGUCAACGAGAAGAAGGAAGAUCGCAGACACGAUCAUGCGCAUGAUCACCAUCGCUCAGAGUCGCAGGGAACUUCUGCAUCUACAAGACAACAGCGAACGUUAGCAAAGAGAAGAUCUUCUGGGUUUUUGAAGGCACAUGCCCAGCAAGAUGUGCACAAACAUGAUCAAUCACAUGAGUUUCAUGAUCAUGAUCAUAGCGCUUGCAAUGGACACGGGCAUGACCACGACCAUGGACAUGAUCAUCACGCUCACGAGCAUCAUUCACACGAUGGUCACUCGCAUAGCCACGAUCACGAUCAUUCUCAUUCUCACGACCAUGAUCACGACUCACAUUUACAUUCGCAUUCUCAUGAUGAUCACGGACACGGCCAUGAUCAUUCUCAUUCCCAUAACAUGCGUGGGGUGUUCUUGCAUGUCUUGGCGGAUACACUAGGAAGUGUGGGAGUGAUCAUAUCGACGAUCCUGAUCAAAUAUACCGGAUGGACAGGUUUCGAUCCUAUCGCAAGUCUGUUCAUCGCUGUUCUUAUCAUGGCCAGUGUGGUUCCGCUAGUGAUUGAUUCGGGCAAAGUGUUAUGCCUGGAUGUCGGUUCAGAGAAGGAGGAAGAGAUUAGAGGUGCCUUGUCAGAGUUGUCAUCAGUAGACGGAGUGGCAAACUACGCCUCACCUCGUUUCUGGCCACGAUGCGAGGGAGAACUGAUCGGAUCAAUCCAUAUCCAACUUUCCAUCUCACCCUCCUCGGUCGACCCGACAAAAUUCCAUACUCCGUUCUUGUUAUCUAAAUCAAAAAUGGGAGGAAGUGGGGGAGAUGCGAUAUAUGUGAAUUCAGAAAAGGUCAUCAGUCGGGUUGAGAAAGUUCUAAAGAGACGGAUAAAAGGUUUGACAGAGCUGGUGGUUCAGAUUGAAGGAAGUGAAGAGAAGGGGUAUUGCAGUUGUAUGACUGGUGGGAGGUGA